UCCGCUCUAGCUCGUAUUAGUCUCGUUCUGGAUCUCUUCGCGAUAACAUCACGAGUUCUGAAAGAGUUGCAUUGAAAAAGCUCUAUCGUUCGAAAACGCGUGACAAUUCUUGAAUUUUUUUUUUUAAUUACUAUUAUUUUUUCUUCCCCUCCUUUUUUUUACGUCAAAUUAAUUUUUAUUGGAUCGAGAAAGGAACGUGAAAUCAUUAUAAUUUCGAUUAGUACUCCGAGUUUUCUUUUUCUUUUUUUUUUUUUCUUUUUUUUUCUUUACUUUACCUUUUGCUUUCAUUUUUCAAUCAUUUUACUACGAUAGAUCGAUCAUCAUUCUAAUUAUCAUAAUAAUUAUUAAAUGAUCGUGGGAUUUGUUAAUAGUGCUGUUUAUACGAAUGUUAGAUACAUUUAUUUCGUAUCAUUCUUUCUUUAUUUCGUUCUUUUUUGUCAUCAUAUAUCGAUGACAUUAAGUCGAGUUAAUAAAACGUUCUUUUCGCUUUAAGUGCAACGUCAACGAUUUGAAAGGAAAAUGGCUAAAGACGAGAAAGGCAACGAGAAGGUCGCUUUGAAACGAGAGCUUGGACUUUUCAGUGCCGUCAGUAUAAUUCUUGCUGUUAUGAUCGGCUCUGGAAUAUUUGUAUCACCGGCCAAUGCUUUGGAAAGAUCUGGAUCCGUAGGAUUUUGUUUGAUCAUUUGGAUAACCUGUGGUUUGCUGUCUCUGUUGGGUGCUUUAGCAUUUGCGGAAUUGAGUACCGUUGUACCACGUUCCGGUGCGGAAUAUGCUUACUUCAUUGAAGCUUAUAGUCCACUUCAUCAUUACGCUGGACAAAUACCAGCAUUCAUUUGUUCCUGGGUAUACGUGAUACUUCUAAGACCAGCCGAAGUAGCUGUCGUUAUAUUAACGUUCGCCGAAUAUGGGGUACAACCAUUUUCUAAUUACCUCGACGAUUUGCCAAUGGAUUCGAUGGAGCGAUUGAAAAAAUUAAUCGCUAUGUUGGCAUUGGGCCUGAUUACGUUUACGAAUUUGACGAGUGUUAAGCUUUACGUUAAAGUGCAAAAUUCAUUGACGGUAUGCAAAGUUGCCGCAUGUAUGCUUGUAAUAGGAGGUGGUAUAUGGUGGUUAAGUACUGGCCAUUUGGAUCUAUUAAAGAAUCCUUUUCGCGGUACUACAACGUCCGCUGGUAACAUAGCAUUGGCUUUUUACAAUGGUCUUUGGGCGUACGAUGGUUGGUCAUCGGCUGCGAUAAUAACAGAAGAAAUUCAAAAGCCAGAGGUCAAUAUUCUUAGGAGUAUAUUAAUAGCUGUACCAACGAUUACUGUUCUUUAUGUGACAAUGAAUCUGAUGUAUAUGGCUACCUUAACGAUACCCGAAAUGAUAAGUGCACCUGCCGUCGCCGUUUUAUGGUCUGAAAGAGUACUUCCAAGUUGGUUAACCUUUGCUAUACCACUUGGUGUUGCCUUCUCUACGUUUGGAUGUGGUCUUAGUAUACAAUUCAGUGUAUCACGAUUGUGUUACGUCGCGGGAAGAGAAGGUCAUGUACCACGCAUAUUUAGUUAUGUACACAUGGAGAAAUUAACGCCAGCUAUAGCCGUAGCGUUUCAAGGAAUACUCUCAUUGAUAUGUCUCUUAUUAGGAGACAUUACAGCUCUGAUAGAAUUCGCAAGUUUUCUCACUUGGGUUUUCUAUGGUUUCGCGAUGAUAGCCCUUAUUAUUAUGAGAAGGACUAAACCUGAUGCACCUAGACCAUACGCUGUACCAAUUUUAAUACCAUGGUUGGUACUAUUAAUUGCUAUUUUUCUAGCAGUCAUUCCUAUCGUUUACGAACCAUCAUUCAAAUAUUUGUUCGCCGUUGGAUUCAUUUUGUGUGGUAUACUCGUUUAUCACGUCUACGUCUAUAAUAAGCAAAAAAGCCCUUUGUUAGCUAAAUCUACGUACCUGAUCCAAGCGUUGAGUUUAGUUGUUGCUCCAGAUAAAGAAGACUGAGCCUUUUAUAUCGUAGCCAAUGUACAUACAUAGGCAAGUGUUACUUAUCAAUUUGAAACGAUUGAAGAAUCUAGUAAAAAUUAUAAUCUUUCCUUCCAUAAAUACUGUUUAUCACUAACACGCCCAUCUUUUUUUUUUUUUUCUUUUUGAUACCAAUGAAUUCGAAUAUUCGAAUAUUGCAUUAUUACUCAUUUUGAUCUCAUAAUGCAAGUUCAUUUUUAAAUAAUAUAAAAGGAUAUGUAUGUGUGUGUGUGUAUAUAUAUAUAUAUAAUUUUCAUGAUGGGUUUUAUAUAUACAUAUGUGUUGAUUUCUUUUUUAUAUAAAAUCACAAGUGUAAAGAAAAUUAUUAAAGACGUUGUUAACGUUUCUUCAAGACGUUUGUAAUAUGAAAUGUAAACUUUUAUAUUCAUUUUAUUUUUAACAACUUUCAAUGUAUAUUAUAUUCUUAACAUCAAUUCGUGUAUAAUGACUCGCUCGAAAAAAAAAAAGAAGAAAAAAAGAACAUUCUUACAUACUAUAUUGUCUUUUAAAUCUUAUUAUAAUGAUAAAUAAUAAAAAUGUAAUAAAAAAAUUACAAUUCACUCACUAGAACGAUUCGUAUAAAUAUUAUAAAAUAUGUGCAAAUAUCUUCAUAAAUAUUAACAUUAAGAAUACUUAAAAAAUUUCUUCUAUACUGAAUUAAUUGUAACCUUAAAUAUUAAGAAUGCACAACGAAAUUACAAAUUUUACAUUUGCUGCAAGGACGUUAUAAACUAUGUAAAUCCUUAAACAGCAUAUCCUUUACGUAGAGAUCUCCCCAAAAAAUUCUAAUAAAUAUAUAAUAAAAUCCAUCUAAUUUUUA